AUGAAACGGUUUCUGAGCUCUGAACAGAAUGUAAAUUCACCACCACCACCACCAACAACAACAACGACACUCAAUAGUAAUGAAGACACACCUGCAACAACCACAUCGACAACCACAUCGACAACCCCUCCAACCAACACCACACAUACUGAGACAAUCCCAGAAGUACAGCAACCAUUACACCCUGUAGAACCUACACUAUUAGACCAAAGCGAACAAAUAUUAGAACAAGCCAGUCAGACGACACCCGAUGCCGUUGUGAGUUCUGCCAGUGAAGUCUUAUCCCAUCUGGCACCUCAGAUUGGUGACUUUAGUGCGUUAGGACUUUGCAAUUAUACGCCUGUCGGUGCGCUGGAGGCUAUGUUUGAGUACAUUCAUGUGUACAGCGGUCUUCCUUGGUGGGGCACCAUUGCCCUUGCCACUGUCCUUGUUCGUACCGCUCUCCUUCCACUUAUGAUCAAAAUUCAGCGCAAUAACGCUAUCCUGAUGAAUAUUAACCCAGAUGUCACUCGUCUCAUGAACAAUAUUAAGACGGCUCAGGCCAGCGGCGAUACCUUGGCUACUCAAAAGUACUCAAUGGAGGUGCAAAACUUGUUCAAAAAGAACAAAUGCCAUCCGAUGAAAUCCUUGGGAUUACCCUUCAUGCAAAUGCCCGUGAUGAUUUCUUUCUUCAUGGCCAUUCGUGGUAUGGCAGAGAUUCCUGUACCUGGAUUGGAGAAUCAAGGUCUGUUUUGGUUUCAAAAUUUGUCACAACAGGACCCCUAUUACAUUUUACCGGCUCUAAGUGCCGCUUCGAUGUUGGCUGUGCUGGAAACAGGCGCUGAUGCAGGUGCUGUGAAUCCUCAGGGUGCCAGCAUGAAGAAGUUCUUCCGUGGUAUGGCUCUUUUGACGGUGCCUUUUACUUAUUGGAUGCCCAGUGGUGUAUUCGUCUAUUGGAUCACAUCAAAUAUCUAUUCUAUGGGACAAAUGAUUGCAUUAAAAAACCCUGCUAUUCGUUCAGCUUUGAAUAUUCCAAAAUUAGCCUUGAAGCCUAAAGAAGCAUUAGGUAAACCAAAAUCAUUCAUGGACAAUUUCAAAGAGCAAACAAAAUUGUAUGAAAAGAAGGAAAAAGACCGUGCUCUUCGUGAAAGACAACAAGCCGCUGCUGCUGCUAGAAGAGCUGCCAAACGCAGAUUUUAA